CCCAGGCCCUCGUUUUUCGCAUGCAUCUGCUUUGAUCAACGACAAGUUAUAUGUGAUGGGUGGAUUUGUACCGGGCAAUUCGGAAUUACCCAUUAAUUCGGAUUUUUUCUUUCUCGAUGUGACAGAAAUUCCUCUUUCCAAACCAUCGACCGACCUUUCACAUCUCACCGUUACGUCUACGUGCUGGGCAACAGCGGUCGCAGGAGGAAGGGAUGGUUCACAAUUUAUAAUUUUUGGGGGUCAUAAUGGUAGUUUGAUAUUAGCGUUUGACACAACCACAAGCACAUGGCUACAACCAACGAUUCUGGGAAUCCCUCCGAUACGGCGAAAGAAAACUCAGGCAGUAAUUGAUUCCAGCGGAAAGAUGUACAUCUUUGGCGGGUCCACAGAUUAUCCAGUUCUAAAAUUCUUUAAUGAUAUGAUAAUAUUGGAUACCAUCUCUUGGAGCUGGAAUGUUGAAGUAUUUAACAAUUCCCCUUCUCCAAGAGACAGUUUCACGGCUGUGAUAUUACCUUCUGGGAUUAUCGUUUAUAUUGGGGGGAGUUCGUCAGAUGGGUAUUAUAUUCCAAUGGAACAGAUACAUACAUUUGACACACUUUCGCUUUCAUGGAGUUCUAUGAAUGCUACCGGGACCAUCCCCUCGUCACGUUGUGGAGCCUCAUCCGUCUUAACAACUGAUGGACGGGUUUUCGUCUUUGGAGGUUCGAUAAGAGUUACCGAUGAUAUUUAUGAGGAAGCAUACCCCAAUUUGGCCGUCUUAGAUACCACAAAAACGCCGUAUGAAUGGUCCACUCCGCGAACAACAAAUACUGCGCCGCCUUCGCUCAGUUGGCACUCAUCUACUUUAGUUAAUGACAUAAUAAUUAUUGCAUUUGGAAAUAUCACUAAUUAUGGUCCAAGCUCAGAGAUAUAUAUGCUAGAUACAAGAAGUUAUACGUGGAUAACAUCAGGUCCCGCGUUCAGUCUUUCAUAUCAAAUGGUCAAACGCAGUAACAACGAUACAUCAUCUUCCUCUUCUCCCAUCAGCACUUCAGGGAUCGUAGGAAUAGCGAUAGGAGCAGCAUUUUUUGGAAUACUCAUAGCACUUUUUACAAUUGUUUUGUUUUAUCGUAGAUAUAAAAGAAAGAAGGCAAGAAAUGCCACCGACUCAUCAACCUCAUCGUCACAAGUGUUAACAACACCAAACGCUAUUUCGAAUAACAGCAAUUUAAUACCAAGCAAUCAGCAAUACCUCAAAACUCCAACUUCGAAUAACAAUAAUUUAAUACUAAGCAAUCAGCAAUACCCCAAAACACCGACUCCAAAGCCACAACUACCGCCUCAGAAACAUAUAAUUCAAUAUCAAUUUGUGCCCGAUCCUAAUCCUUCCUUAAACACACCAUAUAACUCUCAACCUGUUGCGGUAAUUCCAUCUAGUGGUAGUAGUUAUCACCAAUAUUCACCUCAGUCACAAUAUUAUCCAGCCCCUCAACCUCAAUCGUCUCUAGUUAUGCCUACAUUUCAGCCAUCUCCGGUUCAACAAAGUUUAUCGGUACCGCUACCGCCGCCGUCACCGUUUCCUUCCACCUCAUCACAAUAUCAUCAAUCUUCACCUCAACGUUCGCCCCGAAUUUCGCCCCAAUCUUCAACCUCGUUCCAACAACCUCCAGUCAUGCCACAUUUUCAAUAA